UGGUAACUUAAUGUGUGUUCUUGCCGCUACAGAGAAACCUCUAAAGCCACAAGGAAGUGAUUGUCAUUCCUGAGGGAGUAAUUGCUUUAACAGCAAGCCAGUGAGAGGGAAUAAAGAGAUAAGGUUAGGGCUGAAGAUGAACAACUCGGUGAAAGUAUUGCUCCUCCUCUUGAUAUGCGCCACCAUUGAUGUCCAGGAGGCCAGGAUCCAGGGAAAAGAAGACGCCUCUGUUCAUAGAAGAAGGCCAGACACAACCACCAGCAAAUUUUGCCUGUUCAAGGGGCAGUUAUCGAACUCAGAGACCUGCUGCAUCACACUUAACCGGCCAGAGAGCCUGGACAUGUGCGGCUUCAACACUUCAAAUCCUUUGGUGAUGAUCAUCCAUGGGUGGACGGUUGAUGGAGCCCUCGAAGGCUGGAUCUGGAAGUUGUCCGCGGCACUCAAAGUAAAACUGAAGGACGUUAAUGUGAUUGUAGUUGAUUGGCUGACUCUGGCGCAUCGACAUUAUCCAGUCGCAGUGAAGAAUACACGAAUAGUCGGCCAGGAGAUUGCAGAUUUAUUGGACUGGCUGGAGGAAUACUUUAGGAUUUCAAAAGCGAAGGUUCAUCUGAUUGGAUACAGUCUUGGGGCUCAUGUUUCAGGAUUUGCUGGAAGUUAUAUCAGUGGACCAACCAAAAUUGGGAGAAUUACAGGUCUUGAUCCUGCUGGACCCCUGUUUGAAGGCAUGUCAUCAACAGAACGUUUAUCUCCUGAUGAUGCAAGCUUUGUAGAUGCACUUCACACCUUCACGCAAGAGCACAUGGGCCUGAGUGUUGGAAUCAAUCAACCCGUGGCCCACUAUGACUUCUAUCCAAAUGGUGGCACUUUCCAACCUGGCUGUCAUAUCAAACACGUCUACAAUCACAUCGCGCAGUACGGAAUUCUAGGUAUUACAGAAACUGUGAAGUGUGCACAUGAGAGAUCAGUACACUUGUUCAUUGAUUCUUUGCUGAAUGAAGACAAGCAAAGUGUUGCAUAUUGGUGCAGUGACCUGAGCACGUUUAACAAGGGAGUCUGUCUGAGCUGCAGGAAGAAUCGAUGCAAUACACUGGGCUACAAUAUUAAAAAGGUCCGAACACAAAGGAGCAAAAAAAUGUUUCUGAAAACCCGUGCUAACAUGCCAUAUAAAGUCUAUCAUUACCAAUUCAAGAUUCGCUUCAUCAACCAGACAGAGCACCGUAAGUUGGAACCAUCGCUGAAGGUGUCCUUAUUUGGAACAGAGGGUGAUGCUGAAAAUCUACCUAUCAAGUUAGUGGAGAGCAUUACUACCAACAAAACCUACUCUUUUCUGAUUUAUACUGAUGUAAACAUUGGCGAUUUAAUGAUGCUGAAGUUCAAAUGGGAAAACUCUGUUGCCUGGACAAACCUCUGGAGGACUGUUCAAACAUAUUUUCCAUGGAGACAGAACAACUUCAACCCAGAGCUUAUUGUCAGAAAAAUAAGAGUUAAAGCUGGAGAAACACAACAUAAAGUAACCUUCUGUUCACUUAACACCAUCAACAUGCAUCUUCAACCAGCCCAAGAGAAAACGUUUGUUAGAUGUGUAGGUAAUGCAAGACGGCGUCACAGAAGACCGAAGUAAAUACAGACCAAAUAAAGCAACUUGGAACCAAGACCGACAGUGCACAGAAUUCAUUCAAAACUCAUAAGCAGGUUCUGGCUGACAAUAUAUUUUUAUCACCAAAAGGAAGUGCAAAUAUAUUAACGACAACAACAAUAAAGAAAUUUAACCAAAGUCUCAUUGUGCAAAAGAGGUUUAUUAUGAACAAAUAUACUUGUCACUUAAACCACAAUAAUUAAUAUGGCAUUUUGAACAAUUUCAUCUCCAAGGAGAAAUGCAGAAGAGACAAAGUAUUUUUCUAUUUAUUAUGCAAGUAUGCAGGUCUAGUUUAUAAAAGUUUAAAAUCUUAAUUUAAAAAAAAGAUGAAGCAUGAGAAUGAAUACAAAGGGCAUAAAAUGGUGGCUAUGGCUUCCAUAAUAGACUCCUUAAUGCUGCUGCUUGGAACUGCAAGAGGUAAAGCUAUCAAUAAAAGAAUCUGUAUUAAAGGCAGUAAAUUCUCAGCUAAUGGCUGGUUAACACAAUGUGUUGAAGGCCAUACCACAUGAUACACAAAGCAUUUAAAAUACAUUGAUUUAUGGAAAUUCUGUACCUGGAAUUGUAAUGGUACAUUUAAUCUACAGAGUCAAGUAGUUAGUAUGAUUAGAAUGGAAGUAGAAAAAAAAUUGUCCUACAUUGAAAACUGUCAAACUAGUUAAAGAUUUCUACAGAAAAGUAUGUAUAUUUUUAUACUGUAAUUUUAAAGGAACAUUCAUAUUUUACUUGGGAUAAAACAAAAUGGUGAUGUUAUCAGUGUCCCUCAUCAGCAUAAUGAAUUUUAAAUCUUAUACCAUUUAUUUCUAAAUAAUUAUUUUUUUACCACUUACAGUUCACAAAUACGGUAAUAUUUAAAAGCACAUUUUCUAUUUUAAGAACAAAGUUCAAAGUAAGUUUAUUCUCAAAGUACAUAAAUGUCACCAUAUAAAACCCUGAGAUUAAUUUUCUUGCAGGCAUACUCAGUAAAUCCAAGGAAUGUAGUAGAAUCAUAUGUAAAAGACAAUAAAAUUUGCAAGUACAAAAGAAAAAAAAGGUAAUAAUAAUAAAUAAAUAUGCAACAACUGUCAAGAACAUGAGAUGAAGAGUCCUUGAAAGUGAGUCCAUAAGUUGUGGAAACAGUUCAGCAGUGAGGUGUGAAGUUGCACAAUGUUGAGAGAAGUUACUCCACCUUGUUCAGGAGCCCUGAUGGGUGAGGGGUAAUAAUAGUUCCUGAACCUGGUGGUGUGUGUCCUGAGGUUCCUGGACCACCUUCCUGAUGGCCAAAAGAAUAUGUCUGAAAUUCCUGAUGAAGUGAGCCAAAACACUAUUAUUUUUGUAAACUGUCACAAGGCAGCUGUACAAUCACCAAUAAUUUGGUGAAACUAACUUAAUAAGUACGUAUCCUCAUUAGAAGUUUGCACUUCUAAAUCUUUGACAAUUUACUAUUUUGUCCCAAAACUUGCCAUGUUCCAUACAUCUAUAGAGUUUACAAGCUCUGAUUUGGUUGGAUGCUCAACUUGAACAGCAUCCAAUCGAGAGCACCAGGUUUAUUGGGAAAUUUGACUGCAUUUUAUACACACUCACAAUCCUCUUGCUCCAGGCAACUCACUAUUAUAUUCUUUCUCUUUGACAGUAAGGUUGAUGGCAUCACAUUUCAACCAUGUUAAUAGCUUUUAACUCUUUCACUGAUGUGCACUGACCCAGAGCCACUUCAAUGGCAUCAAUAACAAAUAGAGAAGGCAGAGGGAGCUUCACACUGCCUCUUACUGAAUUCCUUAAGUAAACUCUACUAAAUGAUACACCAUUGCCUUUUGCUGAUUUAUUUUGCCUUUCCAUAUCUUUAUGUGGAGAUAAAUUUGUCCAAGAUUUCCAUAUUAAUUUUGGGGGUGUAAGGGCCAUAGUCUUGGCUUGGAUAAAUGUCACCAGUUCUUUCGUCUGAAAAGUUAAGCUUCUUCACCAGUCCUGAUACAGACACUUAAUAAAUUCUAAAACAGUUGAAGGAACAUGUCAAAAUUAAAUGUUUCACAUCCCACACAUUGGUUUCACAUCUCUGCAUUUGUAAAGAUAGAAACUUGACAGGGCGAGGUCUGCAGAACUGGCCCUGGAUUCUCACUUUCACAGCAUCCGAAGAGUCUGCAGUAACAGAUGUCUGGUGACAUUAACAAUAGUCUAAAUGCUUUGUUGACACUGAAAACAAUAGGUUGAAGGCAGCCAGCUGCCCAAUUCCAGUCUCCAGCAGAUGAUACAAAUCCCAGAUUCCAAUCAAAUAGAACCUUGUUCUUUUGACUUCAUACAAAGAGCAGAAACAGAAUCCAAGAAUCUGUAUGCUGUAUGUAACAUGGGUGAACUGCAGCUAAAAUGUGAUUUAACCACACGGACCAAUGAGCACUUUUCCAUCGGUUGAACUGCAAUUUUGAUUGUAAAUACACCUCUCUGCAUUAGAUACUGUACACGUAGAGAUUGCAACCAUUUCUUCCUUAGUACAAAGACCAACCUAAAUGAAAUUAUCAGUAAUUAGCAUUUCUAAGCAGUUUUUUAAAGGGUAGAUUCGAUUUAGUGGCUGCAACUAUUGGCAUUGCUUCCUUCCAUUGUCAUCUAAAGUUUGACUUACUGUGAACUUAAAUAAAAUUACUGUGAUGUUUGUGAGGGAUCUGCAAAAAUGUGGCGGAAAACCUGCUGGUGAUAAAUAAACAUUUACAAUCCCUCAACCUUCUAACAGAAGACGUAAGGGAGGAGGAAAUAAAUAUCAAGGGGCCCUGCUAAAAUUCAUUCAGCUGCCAGUAAUUUAACAGGAAGUGCACCUUUCAUGCAAGUCAUGGCAGGAAAGACAAAUGUCUUAAAAUAACUAAUUCCAAAACAUGUUUUCUUAGAUUUUGGGGACCUUUAAAGAGAAUGUUUAAAUGUUUAAUACCUUGUUUAAAGAAAAUGUUUUUGCAACAUAAUAAUAAGAAAUGUGGGUUGUCUGAGAAUAUUCACAAUAAAAGAAGCACGUUCUGUUUAAACAUCUUUGAUUAAAAUGCCCAAAUACAUUAAUGGGAUAGAUAUUGUAAUAUUUGAGACACCUCAAAUAUUUUAUAUUUUAUUGAUACCACCUGAAACAUCAACUUAGCUUGAUGCUGCUGUGUUGAGUUUGGCAAUUAACUUGUAGACCCAAAGAAAUGUGAGCCAACAGAAUUCAAAGGUCAACUGAAGGGGCAGCCAAUCAGGACUGAGGCAAGCGAACAGGGGCCUAUAUAAAUACAUGGAAUCCCAGACAGAAACACCAGCAACUGCUCACUGAAGAUGUCACCUUGACUGGUGAUGAAACUUCUGUAAGCUAAUUGCCAAAAUCUGCAAACAUCUCAACCCAAACUACCAAUAUUCACCACCACCCUAAACAUCAACUUGGUCCUGGAUGAACUAGG